GUUUGUUUGAACAACUGCCUUUGCCCUCAUCACUUUCAGUUUUAUAUCAUUUUAUUUGUUCCCUCUAGCUAUUGCUCGAUUCAGCAUGUCGGCAGAUCAGCUAUCGCAAGGGCUUUCCCUCGUUAACUCUAUGUCAAUGACAUUCGAUCCUUACCCACUCAUCUUACAGGCUAUUUUUGAUCAGCAAAAGAAGCUCAUUCACCCCGAUCUCCCAAGAUUUGCCAUCAUAUUGGGCGUCGUCCAUAUUAUUCUGCUAGUCGUCGCCGCAGUAACUCUUAUCUUGAAGGUCCUCAGACGUCAAAAUGGGGAACGCCAGAAAAUAUGGCUCUGGCGAAAACAUCACGUGGCCGACCAGCCGAUUCCAUACUUAGUGCCCAAUGGGAAUUUUGUCAUUGAGCCCUUGCAAAUCUGUGGUUGUGUUUGUUAUCUGCUGUUUGUUUUCGGCGUUUACUGGACUGUCAAGUACCCUCAAAGCACUCCAGAUGUUGUUCACGCUGGUGUCGUGUUUUGGCAUGCAGUAGCUCUGGUACCAGGAUCCACUGCGUUCUGGUUAAGCGGUUGGGGCGCAUUUUACGUGGUCUAUCUGGCACCCGGACAAGCAAACAGCGGGCGUUCUCCUCACAAGAAAAAUAUCAUCCAGCAUCCCCUAGUUAUGAACACGAUCUGUAUAUCAAUCCCGGUCUUGAUCGCAGGAUAUUUUCUAUUUGUUGGUAUCGCUAUGUUUAUCGAGAUCAAACAAGUGAUCAAUACCUAUGAACUCGUGACAUUAAGGCUCAAUCAACUUUCCGUCGGAUGGAAGCCUAAUGAUCCAACGUCUCUUGAAAACAACAGAAUUCUCUUCGACAUCUUUAUCACACUUUCUGAAAAAACAAAUCGACUCAUUAGCAUGGCUCAGGCGGAGGCCUUGGGUUGGGCCACCGUGUCGAUAACCAUGAUUGCGGUACUUUCAGACCAACAAGAAAUCAUCGGUUUGCUCUAG